AAGGAGCAGAGGUCAAACCCAAGAUGUUCUUCCUGUUUAGUGAUGUCCUUCUCCAAGCCAAGCCCUGCCACCCUCUCCAUCCCACCAACGGAGAUAAGUUUGCUGGCCAGAGAGUCUACCCACUGAAGGACUGUACUGUGGACAAGGUGUUUGGGCACACCCAGAGCCAGGGCGGCCUUCUCAGUUUGACCUUCCCUAAAGCCAAGCUGCUGCUGAUGUCCAGCGAUCAGGAAGAUAUCAACGACUGGUAUUACAGCCUGAGCUCUGCUGUAGGUCAGUUAAAGUCCAGGAACACAGUGGUCCAUCAGAGAGAUGAUCUGGUCAGGAGACCUCUACGCUGCUUUGUAGAGGACCAGAAGAACCAAACUACCACCUCCACACCACCAACCACCCCAGGGAGGAAGAGGAUGGCCCCCCUGUCCAUUCAGACCCCCUCCAGACCUACCGCUCCACAGAAGCAUGGGCAGCAUCCAAGAGGAUAA